GUGUUCACAUAAGCGAAUAUGGCUGGUCGUCGAACGAUGAUGGCGUGCGCGAUGGCGGCAGCGGUGAUGAGCCAAGGAGAGGCUUUCAUGCACACUACAGGUUCAUCGAAGCUUCACGUUCCUACUUUGAGAAGCAACAAUGCUAUCUCUCCCCAGAUGGCCAUGAAACCACAGAUCGAAGUCAGCAGCAAGCAAGUCGCCAGCUUUGUUGCGGGCGCUCUUAUCCUUGGCAGCUCUGUCCUUCCCCUCGACGUGCAGGCAGACUCGAGCUUGAAGUUCAACUUCCCUCCUAUUGACAGGAAGGCCAAGGAUCGUUGCACCUUCCGCUCCUCAGCCAUCGGGCAGGCCAAUGCUGCUCGUGACAAGCUCUACGAUCUGCGAGAGUGCCCGAUGGCCGGCAAGGAUGCGACAGGUUUUGACCUUGCGGGAGCCUUGAUGCAGAAGGGAGAUUUCUCCAAAGUGAAGUUCAAGGACGCUGUCAUGUCCAAGGUGUUUGCCGACGAGGCAACCUUCGAUGGCGCAGACUUUUCCAACGCUGUGAUGGACCGUGGAACAUGGAGGAAAUCGUCCUUCAAGGGCGCCAUCUUCGCCAACGCCGUCUUGUCCGGGUCGGAGUUCGAAGGAUCCGACCUGACAGAUUCUGAUUUCAGUGACACGUACAUGGGCGACUUUGACAACAAGAAGAUCUGCAAGAAUCCGACCCUGCAGGGAACGAACCCUGUCACCGGCGUGGACACCCGUGCAAGCGCUUCCUGCCGCAAGUGAAGGAUCCUCGCACAUUCAGGCUUGGCAGAUUCUCAUCUCAAAGUUUUAAUGUUUGAGUUGACAA